CGGGCAACGUGUUGCAGAGUCUGCAUAGUCAGUCAGCUAGAACUACUCGUUCGCCUCUACGGAGCUGCUGCUGCUGCUGUUACUGUUGCUGGCGAUGACCUUCCCAGCAUAUAUGCGUACUCCCCGUAAUGGAGUUGCGCAGCCAUCACGACCGCCGCUGGUGCUUGUGCCACUGGCGCUGCUGGACGCUUACCUCCUAACUUGAGAGAUUUUGCCCACUGACUCGAGGCUAUAGGCAUAUUCGCCUGAGCAGCGUGAGCAGGUGCGCCAGCUCCUCGAGUCGGGACGUGACGAGGAGUCCAUCGAGAAAGAGACGGGCGUAAGCGACCGCACGAUCCGACGAUGGAAACUCGAACUCGAGAGGACGGGCAGAAUAGGGAAACCGCCGGAAGCGCGCACUGGCAGACACCGAGUGCUAUCUGUGGAAAUCGAGCAAGCACUCCUCGACCAUGUGAGGGACAAUCCUAGUCUGACGGUCGACAACAUGUUAUGGUGGCUUUACGAUCAGUACGAGAUCGUCGUUGGUACCAGGACUAUCCGCCGAGUGUUUGAGCGGAAAGGGGACAAAGUGCGGAUCAAAGGUAGCAAAAAGAAGAGCAACGCGAAUGACAAGGAAGAGGACGAGGAGGACGAGGCAGACACCUCCAAGGACAACGUCAGCACAACAAUCUCUCCAAUGCAGUCGCAACAUCCUGCUCAUUACCAGAGCCCGUACGCACCCAUGGCGACACCACAACAGGCCGUCAAUGCCGAACAGCAACUUGCGCAGGCUCUUCAACAGCAGACGCAACAGCAGACGCCGGCGCCGCGCCAAUCUUCGUUCACUGCGCCAAUGCCGAUAACCAACAACGCUGCCGCGAAUGACGACGGCGAAGAAGACGAAGAGACUCUGCAGCUGCAACUGCAGCAAAUUGAGCUGCAAAAGCGCGAAUUAGAAGUGAAGCUGAAACUUCGUCGCAUACAGAGCGGCAAGAACACGCCAGCUUCGGCCUCUCGGAAAGCCAGCACGACGGCGUCGAGCACUAGUACUCUCUACAACCCGAAUCUGGUGGUGCCUACGCCCCCCAAGCGCGACUCUCGUAGCAAGAAGAAGAUUGAGGAGUCGAAGCGCCGCACGGCCGAACGACAAGAACGCAUGCUUCGUGACUUGGAACGUCGCUCCCGCAGACGAGACCACCUCACGGCAGAAUGGGUGCAGUCGAAAGACAUUUGGCCUCUCCGCGCCCAGAGUAUCCUGGCUGACCUGAUGCAUCAAUAUGGUUGCUAUACCUUUGCGCAGAACCAGGGCGAGAUCUUUGAGACGAUGUACCGCGAACUGUAUGCGCUGGUGGAUCAUAGCAAGAAUGAUUGGGUGCCACAGAUUCACGAUGAGCUCUUACGGGAGCGAAUGAAGAGGAAGAUGGGACAAUUGCGGACCAAAAUGCAGAAAACGGGCGAAAUCAUCUCCCGCACAGAUGGCUAUGGCGGCUUCACGAAAAGCGACAGCUACACGGGUGAACAAGCUGGUGCGGCAGAACACGGAGACGAGUCGGAAUUUGUUGGCGAUGCACCCGACUUUGGACAGCAAGCCGACCAGAGUAAUGUUGGUUAUGCCAGCACGGAUCAGAACAACAGCUUCGCUCAUCAGCAACCCGUGCAGCAGUCGUACGAUCAGCAAGUGCAGCAGCAGGCGGGUGCUGUUCCUGAAGCGCAGCUGCAAGACCAGAUGCAGUAUGAGGCUGUUCCAGAUCACGGCAUGCAGCAUAUCUCGUACACACACAACAUGAUGGGCAACCAAGGCCAGCCGCAAUAUCCGGGAAUGCACAUGGAAGGCAUGAUGCCGUAUGGUAACAUGAAUGGCGGCAUGGGUUUAUGAAAAGAAGGAAGAGAUUGAUCCGCCAUGACGAAAAUGAUGAAAACGUGGGCAUAUUGCAAGUGUUCGGCGUGAGUUCUUUGCACGGUGUUUUGGGAUAUGGAUGGCGCCUGGGAGGGAGCAAAUUGAAUUCACAAGAUACCACUUCUGCAGCUCUUGCAUGCUUGCUUGACCUGUAAUAAUGGACAGGCACAGAAAGGCGUUUGUUUGAUUGAAUGAUUGAUUGGG